AGUGGAUUGUUUGGCUUUAGCAUCAUCUUGAAUCAUUUCAAUUAUGGUAAAAGAAAUUAUUAUGAAAAGCCAUAACUGAACAAUAUUACUUGUUACCGCAUCCUUGGCGGCCUUGUGAUGAACAUUAACCACAAAAAUCAUAUGGAGUAACAUAUUUCACUCCCAACUUACUUUAAAAUCCCUCCAGUUUUUUUUUCAUUACUUUAUAAUCCAAAUAUUAAUUCUUGUCACCGAGAUAGAGAAUUAAAUAGAAAAAUAUGGGUGACCAGAAACAAUUGGUGGUGUUCGCCUUAGACGACAGUGAUCAUAGCUUCUACGCCCUGGAGUGGACCCUUGACCACCUGAUCAUUCCCACGGCUUCCGAUUUUAAGCUGCUCAUUAUCCACGCAAGGACUAGUCCCACCGGCGUCAUUGGACUCGCAGGUCCAGGAGCAAGUGAUGUGGUAGAAGCGGUGGAGAGUGAUGUGAAGAGGACAGCCACAAAAGUAAUGGAGAAAGCCAAAGAAGUAUGCAGCAAUAAAGGAGUGAAGGAGGUGGAAUUCCAAGUUCAAGAUGGUGAUGCCAGGAAUGUCGCAUGUGAUGUUGUUGACAAGCACCAUGCAACUCUCUUGGUCUUGGGUAGCCAUGGCUAUGGAACUUUCAAAAGGGCGGUUCUUGGGAGUGUGAGUGACUACUGCUCUCACCAUGCCAACUGUUCUGUAAUGAUCGUGAAGAAACCAAAAUGCUCAAAGCUCCACGCCGUUAAUUAGACUUUUCUAGUAAAUAAUUAGGCAAAUUGCACAUGUCACUACUUAAUUAGCUACUAGGGACGCACUGGGGGAGGGGGCAAAUUCAGCUCUUCCGUUUCUAGGUGUGUCAAUUUAAAGUAAGAAGAUUAUUAUUGGACGAAUGCAGUUCUCUAUAAUUAUUAAACUUUUGAUGUAGUAAUGCUCAUGCA